AUGGCGGCCACCAGCCCUGUCAGAGAGCCUGAGGGUGGAAUCCAAGACUGCAAGGAGAAGAAGCCAGAGAAAGAGCAGGCAGCUGUGGGGGUGACUGUGGAAGAGGACGCCCAGGCUACAAACUCUCCCCAGGAUCCACAGUCCCUGAGGAAGGAGGCCCAGGAUCAGGGGCCCUUGGGUAUCAAGUUUGAGCUGCACCCACUGUUGACCAGGUGGGCUCUGUGGUUCUCCAAGAAUGACCGCACCCGGGCCUGGAGGGAUAACCUGCACCUGGUCACCAAAUUUGACACCGUGGAGGACUUCUGGGCGAUAUACAACCAUAUCAAGCUGGCCAGUAAACUCUCUUCAGGCUGCGACUAUGCCCUGUUUAAGGAUGGCAUUGAGCCCAUGUGGGAAGACAGCAAGAAUAAGCGAGGUGGCCGCUGGCUAGUCAGCCUGGCCAAGCAGCAGCGCCACAUGGAGCUGGACCGCCUGUGGCUGGAGACACUGCUCUGCCUGAUUGGGGAGAGCUUUGCGGACUACAGCCAGGACGUUUGUGGGGCGGUCAUCAACAUUCGUACCAAGGGGGACAAGAUCGCCGUGUGGACGAGGGAGGCUGAAGAACAGGCUGGCGUGCUGCACAUUGGGCGUGUCUAUAAAGACCGUCUAGGCCUCUCCACAAAGACCAUCAUCGGCUACCAGGCCCAUGCAGACACGGCCACCAAGAGCAACUCUCUAGCUAAGAACAAGUUUGUGGUGUGA